GCAAAAGGACCAACUCUAGGAACCUUCUGGUAGUAAUUCCAUCAAGCAUUCGUAGUCACGCGAUUUGGCUUCGUCAAGGAACCCAUUGUUGCGCUUUCGCCUGAGAAGAACCUCGAAGUUUUUCGCUCCCAGAAAAAAUGGCGAGACCUCUACGACACGGCUUCAACAUCGCCCGAGCGCACGUGCUUUCGCGGCCGCGAUGGGCGUCGUCGCAGUCAGCGGAGGCACUGGUGGAGGUCAAAGUCCCCGACAUAGGCAUGAUAUCCGGAAUCCCCGAACAGCAUCUCCGACGAAGGGUUAUAAUCUAUUCGCCUGCUCGAACUGCGACCCAACAAGGUUCUGGGAAAGUCGGGAAAUGGAAAAUUAAUUUUCUUUCGACACAAAAGUGGGAAAACCCAUUGAUGGGCUGGACAUCUACAGGUGAUCCGUACGCUAAUGUUGGUGAGGCAGGACUGACUUUUGAGAGUGAAGAAGCUGCAAAGGCAUUUGCUGAGAAACAUGGCUGGGAUUAUACGGUCAGGAAGCGUCACACACCACUUUUGAAGGCUAAGGCAUAUGCAGACAACUUCAAGUGGAAGGGCCCUGAUAAGAGCGAGAAGACUGCAGCUGAUGCUGCAAACAUCUGAGAACGUUAUUUCCUCCCCCAGAAUGUCCCUACCUACACCUGCUAAUGCCACUGUGCGCAGUACUUCAGACCAAUAGCGCAAAUAAUGGCGUCAAGUCGCGGGUGUAGGUAACUCUCUCGUUCAAUGCUAUCAGUACUUAUUCUUGUGUGUUUAGUACUUGUGUGUGAUUGCUGGAUUGGAAAUUAAUUUGAGAUGAACAAAUUUUUUUCUCUCUUA